AUGUCCAAGUGGUUGUUUGAAAGGUUGAAGAAGGUGAGACAACUUCAGUUGACCAUUGAUAGGAUUCGGGAAUCAGCAGCCGGUUCAGAUGAACGUACUUAUGACUAUUUGUGGAACCGUUUGGAACGAAUCAUUGCCGAGUCACAGCAUGAAAAGAAUCUCUCGUCAAUUCAAGAAGGGUUGAAGAAAGGUCCCAAGAAGUUGGCAACCCCUGGGAAUCCCUCUGACUCAAAGAACACCAAAGGUAAGAAGGGUAAAGGAGCCGAUGGUAAAUCCAAAGGCAAAGGCAAGGAUUCCAAAGGUCAGGGAAAGUCGAAGUCUAGUGGAUCAGGUCAGGGAGGUUCAGGUUCCAAUGACACCAAGAACUCAAAUGGAAAGGGUAAGUCUGACAAUCAGGCUGGUCAGAACACUGCUAAGAAGGAUGGAGUAUGCUUGUUCUACCCCAAGGGUUUGUGCAGGCGAGGUGAGAACAGUCCGUACCGGCAUGAAGGUUCCCCCUCGGCUCCUUCCUCUUCUUUAGGUGGUCAGCCGCCCAACCCAAAGGCUAAGGCGGCACCGGCUGCGCCCAAGGCGUCAGUCGCAACGGCUGCGGUCGCAAUUGUGACUGCCAGUCAGGUGCUUGGCACUGCUGCGAGUAUCCGGAGCUCGCAGUAUCAAGGAGGCUCAUUUGCACUUGAGUGGGCCUUGGAUUCCGGUGCAGGGGAGGACCUGUCUUCGGUUGGCGCGUUUGCUAAUCAGGGAGCUUCUCCCGUCGACCCGCGCUUGCGCGAAGACGGAACCGAAGACCAGCGCUUGCGCGGAUCGGAUCCCAUUUUGGUUGAAGACGUUGCGGAGGAAGCCCCCUCGCUUGACGAAAUGCGUAAAGAAAUGUAA